UUUCCCAAUCUCUUCCUUAGAUUUUUUUUUUUGCUUUCUCUCUUGGAAAUUGAUGGGCAAUAGGAAACACAAUUCUCUCUCUCUCUCUAGAAAAACCAAAAACAUAAUCUCUCUCCUCAUGUCUUUCUUUUCUCUCUCCUCUCCUCUCUCCUCUCCAUUAGUAAAGACCUAAACUUUAUCUUCUUUUCUUGCUGGGUUUAAUCUCUUCUUAAAUGAGGGUUAGAUCAAAUUCACCUUUAAUUUAAUUGCUUGUAGACUUGAGAUUAGUCUAGUGUAGGUUUUGGUGGGCUAUCACUAAGACUAAGACAAAGUCAAAGUCAAAAAAAAAAAAAGGUUUGAAACUUUGGAAGAGAUAGAUAUUUUAUCAAUUAUCAUCUCCAUUCUCUCUAAUAGGUAGCUUAUGAAGCUAAAGCUAUAUAUGAUGACUUGUUUAAUUAAAAUAGCUUAGGGUUUUGAAGAGGGAGAUAAGAGAAGAAAUUUAUAUUCUUUGUUUAAGAAAAAGGUUAUAUAAAAAAAAAGAUUAGGGUUUUUUAUCUUCUUUUUCAAGAAGCUUCAAGAUCAAAGAGACACGGAGGUCAGAGAGAAGAAGGAUGAGAAAAUGGAGAUGGUAAGAAGUAAACCAUCAGUUCUAGAUCAUCAUCGUCUUCCUCCGUACGCUUACCCCCAAACCGCCGACAAAGAUAAACCCACCACCAAAAGAAACGGGUCGGACCCGGAUCCGGAUCUUGAUACCAACCCCAUUUCUAUAGCUCCUGCUCCAAGGUCAUACGCUAGGCCUCAAACUACUUCCCCGGGGAAGGCGAGGUAUAGAGAAUGCCAAAAGAACCACGCGGCAAGCUCCGGUGGACACGUGGUGGACGGUUGCGGCGAGUUUAUGUCUUCCGGGGAAGAUGGUACGGCUGAGUCUCUUCUUUGUGCAGCUUGUGACUGUCACCGGAGCUUCCAUAGAAAAGAGAUCGACGGUUUGUUUGUUGUCAAUUUCAAUAGCUUUGGCCAUUCUCAAAGGCCACUCGUUGGCCGCCACGUGUCUCCGAUUAUGAUGAGCUUCGGUGGCGGAGGAGGUGGUGGUGGUCCGGCGGAGUCAUCGACGGAGGAUCUAAACAAGUUUCAUCAAUCUUUUAGUGGUAAUGGAGUGGAUCAGUUUCAUCAGUUUCAGCCCAAGAAACGGUUUAGGACAAAGUUUAAUGAAGAACAAAAGGAUAAGAUGAUGGAGUUUGCUGAGAAGAUUGGUUGGAGAAUGACAAAGCAAGAAGACGAUGAAGUGAAUCGGUUUUGCCGUGAGAUUAAUGUGAAAAGACAAGUGUUUAAAGUUUGGAUGCACAACAAUAAACAGGCAGCAAAGAAGAAGGAUUUGUAAGAGAUUUUUAUAUAUAAACAUACUAUUUUUACUUCUCUUUGUUCGAUUCAACGUUCCUUUACUUUAAGAUCUUGCUUUAACAUUUUGAAAAGGAGAUUGGAUUUAGGUUCAGGAUUGUUGUAUAACAAAUUGCUUUUAGAGCUCAGCAUAAUAGUCUCGUAUCUCUCUGGCGACUUGAAAAGCCUUCUUCUUAAUUUACGGUUUCGUAAGCGUAUUUUGUGACUUGUCUUCUAUAUAGUCAACCAAAUCAACCAUUGCUUUUGUUGGUUUGUCUUUGCGGUACUA